ACUCCUUAUUUAUUCAAACUUCUUUAUCGUGCAAGUAGAGAUGGAUUUGAAGCUGCAAAAUUUCAUGAAUUAUGUGAUAACAAAGGUUCGACUAUUAUGAUAUCAAAAUUAAAAGAAAAUGGCCUGUUAAUUGGAGGUUAUAAUCCAUUAAGUUGGCAUCCUUAUAAUUCUCAUGUUAAUAAUGAUGGAAGUUGGCAAUCUACAUCAGAUAGUUUCUUAUUCUCUUUUGCAAAAAAAGAAGAAAUUAAUUCGGCAUCUUUAACAAGAGUUAAAGACGAUGAUAAUUAUCAAAUUUAUGCAGUAUCUUAUAAUUUAAAUUAUGGACCAGCUUUUGGUAUUGGAUGGGAUUUAAUUAUAGAGCAUAAUAAUAUUAUUAAAACAUAUGGUAAUGGUAUAUAUUCAGGCGUAUAUAAUAUUAUAAAAUAUGAAAUAGAUUAUAUUUUGGAAGAUUAUGAAGUAUAUCAGGUAGUAAAAAAGUGA